GAAGAGAGAACAGAGCAUAAACAGAAACAGAAACAGAGAAGCUCUGUUCUUGUGUUACAGAAUAUGGAGAGAUAUGAGAUAGUGAAGGAUAUUGGGUCUGGUAAUUUCGGAGUAGCGAAGCUUGUUCGUGAGAAAUUAUCGAAAGAGCUUUUCGCUAUUAAGUUCAUCGAGAGAGGCCAAAAGCAAAUAUGCCAUAGAGAUUUAAAGCUAGAGAAUACGCUAUUAGAUGGAAGUGCAGCGCCACGUGUAAAGAUAUGCGAUUUCGGAUACUCAAAGUCAGGAGUUCUUCAUUCGCAGCCAAAGACAACAGUGGGAACACCUGCUUAUAUUGCACCUGAAGUGCUCUCGAAAAGAGAGUAUGACGGCAAAAUCGCUGAUGUUUGGUCUUGUGGUGUCACUUUGUACGUAAUGCUUGUCGGUGCUUAUCCUUUCGAAGACCCUUCUGAUCCUAAAGAUUUCCGCAAAACCAUCGGUCGGAUUCUGAGAUCUCAGUAUUCUAUUCCUGAUUAUGUCCGAGUUUCUGAUGAAUGCAAACACCUUCUGUCUCGUAUAUUCGUCGCCAACCCUGAAAAGAGAAUAACGAUGGAGGAGAUAAAGAGUCAUGCUUGGUUUCUCAAGAACUUGCCGGUGGAGAUGUCGGAAGGAUCAUUGAGGGUGAACAAUCCGGCUCAGAGCGAGGAAGAGAUUGUGUGGGUCAUUGAGGAAGCUCGGAAAACAAUCACCGGAGCUUCUGGACUCCACGGUGCUGGUGGCUCCGGUGAAAGCAGCAGUGGUGCAAUUGGAAGUAGUAUGGAUCUUGAUGACUUGGAUGCAGAUUAUGACGAUAUUGACACUGGUGAUUUCGUUUGCGCUUUGUGA